AUGCGGCGUUUCGAGAGAAUCCAUGACAUCGUUGAGCCCGUUGAAGAGUAUCGCCAGGGAGGCUAUCAUCCGGUACACCUCCACGAUGUAUUCAAUGAGAGGUACGAGGUAAUUGGAAAGUUGGCGUUUGGCCAAUUCUCAACAGUAUGGCUCACACAUGACCAAUUGCUCCAGCGACAUGUUGCGUUGAAGAUACUGAAAGCGGAUGUUUCCAGAAACAAUAAAGAGCUUGCUAUGCUCCUUAAAUUAUCUGCUCCGGGCCUAGAUCAUCCUGGCAAAGGGCAUGUUAUCGAACUUCUGGAUUAUUUCGAGCAUGAUGGCCCAAAUGGGACACACUUGUGUCUAGUGCUCCCUGCAAUGAUAUCCGACGAUCUACAACCUGCCAAUGUUCUGUUUUCAAUUGUUGGGGCUGCGCACACCGAGGCGUUCUUGCAGCCCCCGGAGUUCAGUCCUGUUAGGUGGCUAGAAGGAACGAACGUAAAUGAUAGUGCGCCGAAAUAUUUGAUGGCUACACAGAGACGCCGGGGCGAACUGGACGACGCAGACCACACCACGAUCUUGGUUAAGAUUGGUGAUCUGGGUGGAGCUGCAUGGAGUCGACAAUGUGAUCAGUGGCCGGUAACGCCGACAGCUUUGCGUGCACCCGAGCUAAUUCACCGAAAUACUUGGGAUGCUAGGAUCGAUAUCUGGGCCUUGGGUUGCUUGGUAUUUGAAUUGGCAACAAACGAGCCAUUAUUUCCCUUGGGAUCCUUUGGCCUCACGGCGGAACAGAUUGACGAAGAGCACGCUUACCGUAUUAGCCAGCUCCUUGGUAAGAAUGGUCAGGGGCAUGAGAACCUUACAAAACACCUGACAGAGAGGCUCCCAUAUGAUUUCGGUGCUGAGAAUGUAGAGCACCUUGCAUCAUUUCUUUGGUUGAUGCUACAGCAAAACCCUCAAAGGCGAAUGCCAACCACCAAGUUACUCAAUCAUCUCUUCCUAGUCGGAGAACCUGGGGGUUGA